AUGUUGAGAAGUGCCAUUAUAGCUGCAUUCCUUAGCAUCCCUAAUCCCAUCGUCGCUUUCAAUGGAUUAAGGACCUGGUCCAAGAAAGUUAUUUACCAGAAGAUUGACCUCUGCACACAAUCCUGUUGCAGCCCUAUCGUGCCAGGUCUAUAUUUGAGCAAUGCCAAAGCGGCCGUUGACGCGAAUAUCAUCAGAUGCCUUAAAAUCACCCAUGUGCUCACCAUUGAAGCUCAUAAGAUACCAAAGUCAGCUUUCCCCAAUCCUAAUGUUGCAACACUUUUCAUUAGGGCAUCUGACUCUCCUCAAACCAAUCUCCUGCCCUACUUCCCAAUGGCUAACGCAUUCAUUGAUGAGGGAAUUAAGAAGGGAAAUGUGCUUGUCCAUUGUCAUUUUGGAGUUUCACGGUCGGCUACAAUCGUUAUCGCGUAUAUUAUGGCCAAGUACAACUUGAGUUUUGAAGAGGCAUUUUCUUACGUGCGUAACAGAAGACGGUUUAUCAAUCCUAACCCUGGCUUCAUAAGUCAGCUUAAGGAAUAUCAGCGACUGAAUUACGACGUUGACGGGUUACUUCGGUUGGAAGCGUAUUUGUGUGUUAAAGCAAGGGAACACAAAUACAAAAUAGCAUCCGUGGCGGCGGUUUGUGUUGGUAUUAUCGUACCAUUGGCCGUGUUAAUUGCGUGA